GUGAAACUAGGGUUCACGCUCCCAACCAUGUCGACAAAAAACACUGUGGUCUUCAUUGCAACGCUAAUGAUGCAGAUUCAUGGAGCAAAUCCGAAUACGUUCACGAAAUUUCAAGGUGAUUUCCUUGCAACGAUCAAGUACGAGCUGCCGAAAGAAAGCGAAGAGAUAUGUCUUCGCACAUGCUUCGAAGAAUCUGACUGCACUUUCGUCCAAUACAACCAGAAUGUGUGCACAAUUUUCAAAAGUGGUGAAGUCAACCAGGUUGGACGCGGUAAUGUAUAUGAGCUUGAUCGGCAGCUAGCAUUACCAACAUGCGAGCGUCCUUUGCCACUUGCUCCAGAUGUGGAAUUUCGACAACUCCCGAAGCCAACCGUGGCACAGAGCGAGUCUAGAAAGGCGCAGCUGCUUGCUAUAAACACAACUGCAUCACUGACCAUCAUAAAAGCUUUUUAUUUGGGCAACUCCUGGUUCUACCUAAGUGAUAUCUCAAAAUUACCUGCUAGUCCCGGAAGCAGAUAUGUGUUCGCGAAGGAACCCAAUCCAGAAUGCGUUUCAGUUCCCGUGUUUUCAAGAGCGAGUCAACACAGACUCUACUUUGGCGACGUCUACAACGUGACCGGAUACACCUUUCUACAUGCGUAUGCAUUCACUCACCGCUGUGCUUGUGAGGGAAUUUGCUGUGGAUCCUUUCCCAUACGCGAGAUCUUCACUGGAAGCACCUACUACUACGACAACGUUACUGCUGGCUCGAGCGACAUGAACCAAACCCUCUACAUUGCGGGCGUGCUCUACUCAGACAACGGUACUAGGGGUGGCAUGAGCAAAACCGAUUGCUAG